AUGGUUAGAACUCGAGGAAGGAAAUUUAAACCGUCAGAACGUUAUACUAAUAGAUUGAAUAAAAUUCUUGUUGAAUAUCCUGAUGGUCCACAAGUUCUUCGUGAAAUUCUUCAAAAUUCUGAUGAUUCCAAGAGCACUGAACAAAUUUUCAUCCUGGAUCAUAAUACUUAUCCAUCAGAAAGCUUAUUAGAGCCGAUUGAAGAUAAUUAUCAUAAUUCCGACUUGAAACUUGAUAGAUAUCAGGGUCCAGCUUUAUUGGCGAUAAAUAAUACCAUUUUUGAAGAGAGAGAUUUCACAUCUUUGUUAAAUUUGGCAAAUAGCGAAAAACGCGACCAAUUUGAUAAAAUUGGAGUAAUGGGUGUCGGUUUCAAUUCAAUUUAUCAUGUUACCGAUUCUCCAUCCUUCAUUACCGGUGAUACAUACGUUAUUCUUGAUCCACAUGAAUGGUAUUUUGAUGGUGGAGAGAUAUACGACAUUGUCGAAGAUAAUAUGGUCCAAGAUUUCCCUGAUCAACUUGCUCCUUUUAAAAUUCCAUCCUUGGGAAUCUCGUGUGAAAAUUCAUUUAAUAGGUUUGAUGGCACUAUGUUUCGUUAUCCUCUACGUACUGAAAAGGAUUCUCAAGAUUCGGAAAUUUAUAAAAAAAUUUAUAAACCUAAAGAAGUCUUGGAGAUGUUUCAUAAAUUUUACGAAAACGAAAGUAUUAAUUGCUUGUUGUUUUUAAAAUAUGUUGAGAAAAUUACUUUUUAUGAAUUAAAGAAAGGUGCUACUAAACCUGAUUUACUAUAUGAAAUUCGAUUGGAAAAUGCUGUUCAAGUUCGAGAACAACGUCGUUUGAUUGUUAAAAACAUUGUAACAAUGAUGGAUUCAUUAAUUUCGGGGAAACGUAACGAUAUUAAACAAUUAGAAUCCUCUUAUGUUGCAUCAUUCCGUCGUAAAAGAGGAAAUGAGAAGGGGGAUAGCGACCCAUGGUUAAUUUUGAACUAUCUUGAUGAUUUGCUUGAAGCUGAAAAGUAUUAUCAAAAAAAUUUCUCGAAAAGUAUAGGGGAGCACAAGUUUAUCCCUAACGUUGGAUUAGCCGUUCCGUUAAAUAAUUUGGAUGCAACUGGAAGAUUAUUUUGCUUUUUACCACUUCCCAUUUCUAUGCCCUUCCUUGUUUCCGUGCAUGGAUAUUUCGCGGUUAGUACUAAUCGACGUUCUCUAUGGGCGCCCGCAGAUAACGAAGACUUGGCGUCCGAUGCAAUAGCACGCCUGAAGGUUUCAUGGAAUCAAUAUUUAUUUGAAAAAGUCUUACCCAAAGCUUGGGUAAAAUUCCUUCGUGAACUCCCACGUAAAGUUCCUAAUAUUUCGUCAGAUCAUCUAUAUAAAUUCUGGCCAAAAGACAAAGGAGAUACAUCAGGUACCAUGAAUCAUUUUUGCAAGGAUCUAUUGCAGAAUGUUAUAGAACAUCUUAGCAUUAAGGAUCGUGUAUUUAGAGGACCCUCCUCAUUAAAUAAUGCCAUUGGAAAAGUAUCUGGAAUCUCAGCAGAUUCAUACGAUGCAUCCUCAUUUCAAGCAUCCGAAUUUCAUUGGUUAUCACUCGCCAAUGGCUAUUUGAAUGAUAAUAUGACUAUUGAUUUAUCUACAGUUGGAAGCGUUGGAUUUCCUAUUAUUUCAGCACCUUUUGCUAUAACUAAAGGCUUGAAAAAAUCCAAACAUAAAACUUCCCGUAAAAUUUUCGCUCCUGCUAUUCUUCGUGACUAUUUAAAACAUAAUCCUGGUAGAUGGCAAAGCACCUUAGCAAGAGAAGAAGUCCUGAAAUUAUUUGGAUAUUUAUUAAGGGACGAAAAGUUUGACGAAUUAGUAGAUUUUAGAAUGAUUCCACUCGCGGAUGGUACAUUUGGAAAGUUGUCGCAAUCCAGCAAUUCUCUUGUAUAUAUUGUUCCUUAUAAUAUAAAUAGUAUUGAUAGAGAUGAAUUUAAUGUCUUCAACGAUCAAUUGAACAAAUUCAUUGACAUGUCAAUUAGCUACGAAUUGUAUGACCGUUUGUACAAAUUAGCAAAAGAUGGAUGGAUUUUAAACAUUAAAAUCUUGGACGAAUUUGCCGUUGCCGAUAUGAUUAGAUUCACACUGAAUUCAAAAAAUGUAAAAUCUGAAGAGAUAAAUCAUAAUGAAUGGAUUUAUAAAUUAUGGGAUAACCUAAGUUAUAGGCGAUGGGAUUUGAAAGAAUUUGAAAACGUUCAUUUAAUUCCAACGAGUCGAUCUACUCUUAGAAGGCUAAAAACUCCUCAAAGAAUUUUUUAUCAUCAACCAUCGUCCUUAAUUUCUAUUUUCGAAAAAUUUGGUGCCGUUUUUGUGAACAAACAAUUUGACAAAGUUGUCGAACGGGAUGGAGUAUCUUCAUACAUAAUUAAACCCAAAGAUAUUGUGUCGGUUCUAAGUUCCUUCCGUGCAGCAGCUUCAUAUCCAAGGAAUUUGGAACAUGAUUUACAACCUCGUGAAGCAUCAAUACUUAUUGAUCAUUUGUCCAAUUAUUUACGUCUUACAAAUAAUCUAGCGCCGGAACUUAUUGAGGUUAUAAAACAUCUUCCGAUUUUUACCGUAGUUGAUCAAAAUUCCCCAAUUUCAUUAUUAUCCGGGAAUGCAAAUUGGUUCCUUCUUCCCAAAAAUGAAGAAAAUUCAUAUGGUAAAAUUAUUUAUCCGAGUAAUAGAGGAAGAUUUCUAAAUGCAAGUUCACAGAAUUUAUGCUAUUUACUGGAAUACAUUAUCAAAGUUCCUCGAUUAGAAUCAUAUAACUAUUGGCGAAAUUAUGUAAUGCCAUUUCUCGGAUCACAACAACAAGGAGACAGAGAUAGUGUAAUUGACAAACUGUUUGAUAAAUUGCCAAAUUUGCUUUAUCAUCAUUCAGAGUUAAGAGACUUUUUCGGAAAUAUUCCCUUUGUACCCACCGGUACACUUCAAAUGUCACAACAACAACAAUUGCCUAAUAACUUUAAAUUAGCGAAACCAGUAGAACUAUUCAAUCCCGAAGAAAAGUCGGUGGUUGAUCUGUUUUUUGAGAACGAAAAAUUCUUUCCAGCUGGCAAAUAUGGAUCUGGAAAGUUCUUUUCGAAUUUGAAAUCAUUGGGACUAAAAAUUAUACUUUCUCCCGAUGAUAUAAUUUCUCGGAUCAAAAAUAUUGUAGCACGAAGUUCCAACGUCAAUGAAACUUUAAUUCGUCAGCAAGCGCUUAAACUUUUGAAAUAUCUUGAUGACAAGUGGGGUCAGCUUAUCAUAAAUGAUCACUUAAUGUAUGUAAUUUUAAAUGAAAAAUGGAUCCCUACUGUUGAUAAAUCUCAAAACGAAAUCUUUUCAAAACCUCAAGAUUGCUAUCCCAAAAGAGACAAAAAUCUAGUUUGCUUUGUUGCACCAAUUCUGGAUUAUUCUGUUAAAAAUCGCGAGUUUUCGAAGAGAAUAGGGUGGAAUACUUAUCCCAGUGUUAAUUUGGUUUUAGAACAAUUGAAAUUUUGUUGUGUGAGCUUGGCGAGAAAACAACCGCCAGAGGAGUUAACAACUGUUUCAACCGUGGAUUUUGUGCGGAAGUAA